AUUCCACUUAUCUUCUUUAUAAUUAAUUAAACAAUUAAAUAAAUUAGAAAACCAAAAAAUUAUACAAGAAAAAAAAAUUAUAAAAGAGUUUUUAUUUUCUUUUUCAUUCUUGCCGUCUCCUCCACCACACAUAUUCCGGCACAAAGGACUGUGGGGCUCGAGCUCUUCAUCGGAAGAAGAAAAAACCUUCGUCUCUUUCUCCAUUUUGCUCAAUUCCUUGCUUCUUUUUUUUCUUCUUCUUCUUCUUCUUCUUCUUCUUCUUCUUCUUCUUUGUUUGCAAGAGCUUUUCGCCGGAUCUUCCUUCCAUUUCUUAUUUAAUUCACAGUUGUAAUGGCGUUGAAUGUUCUUGCUCCGCCUGAAAUCAAGGCACUCUCCUUCUUGGAAUCCUCUCGCUCCAGACACCUCACCAAACUUCAAGGUGGAUCAUCCAUUAAGGACUGCAGAACUAUAGUUCAUAAAAGAAUUCACUGUUCUUCACAGCCUCCUCCUCCAGCUUGGCCUGGACAAGCGGUCGUACCGCCGGGGUAUAAGAAAUGGGAUGGCCGGAAGCCUAUCUCCAUUCUAGGAUCCACUGGUUCCAUCGGAACUCAAACAUUGGAUAUUGUGGCAGAGCACCCCGAGAAAUUUAAAGUUGUGGGACUGGCAGCUGGCUCUAAUAUAACUCUCCUUGCAGAUCAGGUGAAAACAUUUAAACCUCAAUUAGUUGCUGUUAGAAAUGAGUCCUUAAUUGAUGAACUCAAAGAGGCUUUGGCUGAUCUUGAUGAGAAGCCUGAAAUUAUCCCUGGUGAGCAGGGAAUAAUUGAGGUUGCAAGACACCCGGAUGCAGUCACUGUUGUUACAGGAAUAGUAGGCUGUGCUGGACUAAAGCCUACUGUUGCCGCAAUUGAAGCUGGGAAAGACAUAGCCUUGGCCAAUAAAGAGACUCUUAUUGCUGGUGGUCCCUUUGUUCUUCCCCUUGCCCACAAGCACAAUGUAAAGAUCCUUCCCGCUGAUUCAGAACAUUCAGCCAUAUUCCAGUGUAUUCAGGGAUUGCCCGAGGGUGCACUUCGCCGCAUUAUUUUGACCGCUUCUGGUGGGGCUUUCAGGGACUUGCCAGUUGAAAAGUUGAAGGACGUUAAAGUUGCGGAUGCUUUAAAGCAUCCUAACUGGAGCAUGGGAAAGAAGAUCACUGUCGACUCUGCCACUCUUUUCAACAAGGGUCUAGAAGUCAUUGAAGCACACUAUUUAUUUGGAGCUGAAUAUGAUGACAUUGAGAUUGUAAUCCACCCACAGUCCAUCAUACAUUCUAUGGUAGAAACACAGGAUUCAUCUGUUUUAGCACAAUUGGGUUGGCCUGAUAUGCGAUUGCCCAUAGCAUACACCAUAACAUGGCCAGAAAGACUAUACUGCUCCGAAGUAACUUGGCCUCGCCUUGAUCUUUGCAAGCUAGGUUCGCUCACAUUCAAAACUCCAGACAAUGUAAAAUACCCAUCCAUGGAUCUGGCAUACGCGGCUGGACGGGCGGGUGGAACCAUGACUGGAGUCCUUAGUGCAGCUAACGAGAAGGCGGUGGAAAUGUUCAUUGAUGAAAAAAUCGGCUACUUGGACAUUUUCAAGGUUGUGGAGCUAACAUGUGACAAGCAUCGAAACGAAUUGAUCACAACACCUUCCCUUGAGGAGAUCGUACAUUACGACCUAUGGGCUAGGGAUUAUGCUGCAAGUUUGCAGUCAUCUUCCUCUUUUAGUCCCGUAGCCGCAUAACCAUUCGUAUUGGCAGUGCAACAAGGUAAACCUUGUACUGAUGCUUUGAUGAGAGCUUGGAAGUUUUGUUUGUGUCUUAUAAAAAUGGCCUAGCAGAAAGGUAGCUUAUAAGGGAUCAGUUAGGAAUUAAGAAAUAAUAGUAAUGAAAAGAAAGGAAAAAACCACAGCACAAAACUAUAAAUCAAUUGUGAUGUUUACAGUUUAUGGGGGAAAUGAAAGUGAAAUUAAUUUGAUGGGAUAAGUGAAAGGCCAUUCAUUUUUCAUUUUUAAGGUUGAAAAGUCUGUUGUACAGAAUACUUAUUGUUUGAGGAACAAUUGAAAGAAAUGGAGGUCAUAAGGUGAAUUGAUAAA